CAGAGCGACCACUAGUUGACCUCUUGGACCUCUGUGGCCACACGCUAUUGCUCUUAUUACAUUCCUCUGCGAUACUUCUCUCGUUCAUCAGUCCUUCCGCAUCGACAGUCGCUACUAGCAGGCAGCUCGCGCAGCAACAAUAGCAUUGUUGUUGCCCAGCAGCUCGCCGUCACCAUGGUCCAACAGCCCUACCUCUAUGGCCAACUAGAGGGCUCACGAACGUCCAUCGCCUACCCAUAUUCCGAUUUUAACCCGCGAGCGGCUACUCAAGCUCACUAUCAAGCAUUCGCUGAACGAGCGGAAAGACAGAAGAAACUCUCUCAACAGGAUGGGCGUCCAUUGAUCAACUUCAACCAGCAUCCGGACAGCUACAUGGUGGUCAACAACCCUGAAGUGCACCACGAGCCACUGCCUUCCAACACAAAAGGCAAGAUCAUUGGGACAAGAUGGGUACAGUUCGCGUUUCGGAUAUUGCAGGAACUUGGGGCCCUGGGUGUCCUGGUCUGCGUUAUCUGUUUGAAGAUGGCCAAUGAUGGGCCGGGCUGGAUCAUACGGAUUGCUCCUGCGUGGGACGUGGUCAUCAGCAUGUACGCCAUCUAUCACCUUCUCCGGCCAGCAAAGGGCCGUACGCCGAAUAGCAGCAGCAGCUACCACUUCUUCGCGCUGUUCAUGGACGUAGGACUGAUUCCGUUCUACGUCUUCAUCGCCUUGUACUCCAACCAAAACUACAACAUGCAGCCUACUGAGAAGGACCGAUGGACGAGCUUUUUCAACACCAACUUUGCAACCUCGACUGUCAUUUAUGUGACCUUCAUCGCAAGCAUAGUUGUGGGAGGACUGCACCUGAUCAGCGUCCUUCUCGACAUUUAUUUGAUCAUCAUGUUCCGCAAGAUUGCGAACCUGCCUCCAGAUAUGAACCCGCUUGAGGACAACUUGACUGGCAGCAGUCGCAGAAGGUCGAUGAAGCACAAGCACAAGAACUCCGAAAUGACGAUCUCGUCUGUCUCGUCGGACAUGUCGGAGAAGAAGUCAGGGUACUACAGUGGCAGCACUAUGAACGGUUCACGUUCGUCUAUGGUUAAGGAUCCUGAAGCGAGAGUCAUUCCAUGGGGCCACAGCAGAACGGAUUCAAACCAGGCAUACUCACCUCAUAACCCUGAUUCUGCUCGUUUCUCCAAGCAACAGUAUGAUGAGGUCACUUAUCAUCCAGGCCCACAAUCUGCUCGCAGUUCACGCGUAUCUGUGGCUGGCUCUGGUCAUCGUUCGCGAGCUGGUACCGUGGUGUCUCCGGCCGAGCAUGGCGUCCCAAUGUACAUUGAAGAUGUCCCACCCAUUCCUGGAUACACAGAUCGUCCUCUUGCGAACCAAGGCACACCAGAGCGGUAUACAUCCGCCCCGUCACGAGACGCUGUUCGAACACAACAGAAGGCCGGUCUGCUGAAUGACAACUGGUACGUGAUGCCUGACGCGGACGUAGCAGACCUUGGCACACCGCGUACGCAUGCCAGCGACCGACCUUUUACUGCUCACUCCCGCGAACCAAAGCUACCGAACGUCGAGCUGCAGCGAGCGGACUCGUUUGAGCCACAGCAACAGCAAGUGCAGCCUUUAAAGAUGAAUCCUCCAACCCCGCCUGUGCCAGAAAGCGAGCUGGGCAAAGCUCUAACGCAGGAGGACAAGGAGAAUUACGAUCCUACCGAGAUCGGUGUUGCUCGACAACUCACUGUAGCCUCGCAAGGCACUGUCGCUUCAUCAGUGUACUCCGAAUCGGCACCUUCAUUGAUGACCUCGAGUAUGGUCAGCGGUGGGCGAUCGAAAAACAACACCCCAAGCAGAAAGCAAUAUGGCGACUUGGCUGCCGCAACUCGCGGUGUCCGUGGAAAUCAGAGUGGUGCAUUCCCGCACUUCAAGGCUCCAGCCCAGCAGAAGCAAGGCACGAGAGUCAUCUCCAGGACUGGAGCGGACAUUGCCGAUAUGAAUGUGUUUGGAUCAGAAACUCAAUCCAGGCGGCGUGAUGUUAGUGGAAAAAUUGCGGAGGAGGGCAGAGGUGGAUGGUAAGACCUCUCAACACAUUGCCCUCGACAAACCCACGCUGGAUCGUGGAUGCGCAUAAGCGACCUGCCAGCUGCUCAGGCGAUGCCAGUCCACCAUUGAGGUGAUGCCAGUUCCGCCAUCCUGCUGUCCCGUAGUGGAGGCAGGAUUCUACGCGCUCGACUAUGUUCUGUUUUGAAUGGUGUUCCAGUCACCUACUCAAUUCAUCCGUGCGGAUGGAAUGAGCGUGGAACUGAUAGCAUGCCAGGGACUAUUACGAUACGACACUCGCCAGCCCGCCCCCGACGCCACCAACGACGAAUGAAGCUGUGAAUGAACGACCGCCUCUUAACAGGACCAAGAGCGGACGUUAUUAUGCGACCAGGACGAAAAGUGUAAAGGAGAGGCGUGAUCGCCGUGACCAGAACGGAGAUACGCGAAGUAUCUCAUACGGACAGACGGGCUCUGCUUGGCAUCUGAUCUUGAGCUGAGAGUUGUGUGUGGCGCCAGCUUGGAAGAGGGAUCAUGCUGGAUGACCGUGAUGAGGAUUGACGCUGAUUGUAGAAUACGAUUGCCGAUAGUAUGCAGUACGAUAUAUGAGCGGGGAUGAAAAUUCUGGCAUUGAGAACAAAUGCACGUCUUU